CUGUUGGUAAGACUGUGAGACUGAACUGCAGUCAGAGCACAAUCAUAAUGCGAAGUCGCAGCAAUUCCGGAGUAAAGCUUGAUAACUAUGACAGAAUGUUACAACAGACAAUCCUCUGCCAUCAGGAUCCGGUGACAGGGUUACUUCCAGGUGAUGAGAAGUUACCUCAUGGCUGGGUCAGAGACAAUGUGUACUGCAUCCUGUCUGUGUGGGCUUUAAGUCUGGCCUAUAGGAAGAACGCGGACAGAGAUGAAGAUAAAGCCAAAGCUUAUGAACUGGAGCAGAGUGUGGUGAAACUCAUGCGAGGUUUACUGCAAUGUAUGACGAGACAGCUUGACAAGGUGGAAAAAUUCAAGUACAGCAAAAGUGCUUCAGACUGCCUUCAUGCCAAGUAUUACGGUGAACCAUGUCUUUUGUGGAACGGCUGGAUUGAUUUUCAAGUUUUUGUUUUUUCAGGUCUUCACAUUGUAUAUACGCGUGAUGAGGUUGACAUUGUUCAGAAUCUGAUUUUUUAUAUCGAAUCUGCCUACAAAGUGGCGGAUUUUGGAAUGUGGGAACGAGGGGAUAAAACGAAUCAGGGCAUCCCUGAGAUCAACAUCAGCUCAAUCGGCAUGGCAAAGGCAGCUUUGGAAGCUUUGGAUGGACUGAAUCUGUUCGGUAGCAAAGGGGGACCAGAGUCUGUUGUGCACGCUUUAGCCGAUGACAUUCAGCAUUGCCAAUCUAUUCUGAGCUCUAUGCUUCCAAGGGCAUCCACGUCUAAAGAGGUGGACGCUGGGGUCCUGUCCAUCAUUUCUUACCCGGCUUUUGCCGUUGAGGACAUUGACAUUGUUAAUAUCAGCAAGGAGGAUAUCAUUUCAAAACUUCAGGGCAGAUAUGGAUGCUGUCGCUUCCUUAGGGAUGGACACAAAACUCCUCGAGAGGACCCCAAUCGAUUACACUACGAAUCAUCCGAGCUAAAGCUCUUUGAGAACAUAGAGUGUGAAUGGCCACUAUUCUGGACGUACCUCAUACUUGAUGGCAUCUUUAUCAACAGCCCUGAACAGGUUGAAGAAUACAGGAAUGCUUUAGAUGGCAUUCUCAUCGAAGGGAAGAAUGGAGUACGUCUGGUCCCUGAGCUUUAUAGCGUUCCUCCAGAUAAGGUUGAUGAAGAGUAUGUUAACCCACACACGGUUGAGAGAGUGGCAAUAGGCAAGUGUCCUCUUAAAUGGGGCCAGUCUCUGUACAUAUUGGGCAACCUGCUGGCAGAGGGUCUUCUAGCACCUGGAGAAGUUGAUCCUCUCAACAGGCGCCUCUCUACUGUUCCCAAGCCUGAUGUUGUCGUUCAAAUGUCUAUUCUGGCAGAAAAUGAGGAGAUUAAACAGCUUUUGCAGAGCCAUGACAUUGAUUCAGAAACCCUGGAAGACGUUCAUCCAAUCAGAGUUCAGCCCUCUAGAGUUCUCAGUCACAUCUAUGCCAGACUGGGGCGUAACCAAAGACUGGGUCUGACGGGGAGGCCCUACCGCCGGAUAGGGGUGCUGGGAACAUCCAAAUUCUAUAUUAUUCGCAACACCAUCUUCACCUUCACACCUCAGUUUGUAGAUCAUCAUGAAUUUUAUCUGGCUCUGGACAAUCACAUGAUUGUGGAGAUGCUCCGUAUCGACUUCUCCUACCUCUGUUCACGCUGGAGGAUGACAGGCCAACCCACGGUGACCUUUCCCAUUUCACACGACAUGCUAACCAAUGAUCACAAAGAUAUCGAGCCUGCUGUUCUGGCCACCCUAAAAAAACUCAAGGAGGGUUACUUUGCUGGAGCCAGGGUUAAGACGGGGAAACUGUCUGCUUUUCUUGACACCUCCUGUUGUGCACAUCUUACUUUUAUGGACUGUGAGGUGGAUGAUCUGGCUGUGUAUCUGGACCAGCUUCUAGCUGUUCCUCAGCACAGCUCCAUUAGUGACACUAAAGGAGGUCUGAACCGCUUCAGGACCGCAGCCAGAAAGACUUGUGAGAUGGUGUCACUGGUCCACAAAGCCAGAGAUCUCAACAUACACAAUGUGCACAUGUAUCUUCCUACAAAACUCUUCAGGUCUCCAUCGCCAAACCUUUACUUACUGGAAAACAAAGGCCAGGUUCCUGAGACACAGGUCACUCAUCCUACAAAUCUGCCCAGAGACAUGAAUGGAGGGAUUGACUAUCCAGCCCUUGUGCAAAUGCUGAAACAAAGCCAAAAUUUGCAGGAUCAAGCUGACAUUCUUUAUAUAUUGUUUAAAGACAAGGGAAUGGACUGGGACACCAAGCUACAUGGUAAAGGUUCGACUGUACGAUGCCUCCUGAGCGAAGUGUAUGAAAAGGCAGGAACCCUGAAACACUGGGGUCUUAUACGAAUGAUCUGCGGGAUGCUACGCAAGAAAGUAGAAGAGUUGGAUGCUGCUUGUUCAGAUUUGCUCAUUCAUCAGAAACAUCUAACAGUUGGACUUCCUCCUGAGCCAAGAGAGAAAACUAUAUCAGCCCCCAUGCCUCCAGAUAAACUGGCAUGGCUUAUCGAUGAAGCCAGUGAGAACAACCUCACCAUUGCUAUUCUCACUCAGGAGAUAAUGGUGUUUCUAGCCAUGAGCAUUCGUACCCAGCCCAAACUCUUCAGCGAGAUGUUCCGCCUCAGGAUUGGCCUCAUUCUUCAGGUCAUGGUCACAGAGCUCGCCCAGUCCCUUAACUGCACAGGCGAGGAGGCUACAGAGAGUUUGAUAAACAUGAGCCCAUCUGAGCUGAAGAACUUUCUACUUCACAUUCUGAGUGGCAAAGAGUUUGGCGUUCAAAAAAGUGUGCGCUCAACAGGCAAUGUGAUCAGCUCUGCUAUCAGCGUCUAUGACAAGAGCAAAUCUUUCUCCACCAAAGCUGAACAGAGAGUCACGAGUAAACAGGGGGGUGAUAUCACACUGCCUGUAUCAGUCCAUUCCUUGGAUAUUGAAAAUAUUGAAUCAGGGAGGUACAGACUUCCCUGCAUUGAGUCAUUUCAGGGCUCAUUAGGAGCUACUGUAGUGCGUGACAGCAGACACGGGCAGUGGCUUCGUCGCAGACGUCUAGAUGGAGCUCUCAACAAAGUCCCUGUCGGAUUUUAUCAGAAUGUCUGGAAGGUUCUGCAGAAGUGUCAUGGGCUGUCUAUUGAAGGCUGUGUACUUCCCUCCUCAACCACAAGAGAGAUGACUCCAGGUGAAAUAAAGUUUGCCGUGCAUGUGGAAACGGUGCUGAACCGCGUUCCCCAGCCGGAAUACCGCCAGUUGUUGGUGGAGGCCAUACUUGUACUGACCAUGCUGGCUGAGAUGGACAUUCAAAGUGUGGGUGGUGUCAUUCAGGUGGAGAGGAUUGUACAAAUGGCCAGUGACAUGUUCUACAUUGAUCAGAAAGCAGCAGGAGCUGAAGAGGUUCUGCUGGAGAGAGAUCAUUCCACUGGUAUCUGCAGGUUACUCUAUGACAGCGCCCCUAGUGGUCGUUUUGGAAGCAUGACCUAUCUUUCUAAAGCAGUGGCUACAUAUGUUGAGGACUUUCUUCCUAGUGGAGCUUGUGCUCUUCAGUGAAGCUCCGAGUUUAAAACGAAUUAGAAGACUUUAAUCUUCUAGAUAGUGAGAGAAGGUAAUUAUUGUUUUUAAACAUUGUUUUAGAAGUGUUAAGGUUUUGAAAAAGCUUAGUUAAAGGUCAAGUUUGUCCUUUUUUGUUCCACAAGCAUUAUUAAACCAAACUGCAAAAAUAA